GCUAGAGUUAGUUUCCGCUGGUGUGGUGAUGAAAAAAUUGUGAAUUUGGUGCUUUCAUUUUCAUGCACAGUGGAAAAGCAGCGACGACUGGUUUAUUUUAAAUCGUCUUUAUUUAAACAGAGGAGUGAAUGAGAGCUGCUCGAUGUGACCGUGGCACUCGUCGACCAUGAGUAACAGUCACCCUUUGCGUCCACUGGCCUCCGUGUCGGAGAUCGACCACAUCCACCUGCUGUCGGAGCAGCUGGGAGCCCUGGUGCUCGGUGAGGAGUACAGCGAUGUUACCUUCAUCGUGGAGGGGAAGCGUUUCCCGGCGCACCGGGUCAUCCUGGCGGCUCGCUGUCACUAUUUCAGGGCUCUGCUGUAUGGUGGGAUGAAAGAGUCCCAGCCCCAGGCGGAGGUGUGUCUGGAGGAGACACGCGCCGAAGCCUUCUCAAUGCUGCUACACUACCUGUACACAGGCCGGGCCAGCCUCAGCUCUGCCCGGGAAGAGGUGCUGCUGGACUUCCUGGGCCUGGCUCACCGCUACGGCCUGCAGCCGCUGGAGGACUCCACCUCUGAGUUCCUCCGCACCAUCCUGCACACCAACAACGUCUGCUUGGUAUUUGAUGUAGCUAGUCUCUACUCUCUGAGCACACUCAGUGCAGCCUGCUGUGCCUAUAUGGACAGACACGCACCUGAAGUAUUGAAUUCUGACGGCUUCCUCAUGCUCUCCAAGACUGCUCUUUUGACUGUGGUCAGCCGGGACUCAUUUGCUGCCAGUGAGAAGGAGAUCUUCCAGGCCUUGUGUCGUUGGUGUCGGCAGCACAUGGAGGGGGCUGACACACAGGAAGUGAUGUCGGCAGUUCGGCUGCCACUCAUGACCCUGACGGAGAUGCUCAACGUGGUGCGACCAUCCGGCCUUCUGAGCCCAGAUGACCUGCUGGAUGCCAUUAAGACCCGCUCUGAGAGCCGCAACAUGGACCUUAACUAUCGGGGAAUGCUCAUACCAGAGGAGAACAUCGCCACCAUGAAGUACGGAGCUCAGGUGGUGAAAGGCGAGCUGAAGUCGGCGCUGCUGGAUGGAGACACCCAGAACUAUGACCUGGACCACGGCUUCUCCAGGCAUCCCAUCGAGGAGGACGGCAGGGCUGGGAUCCAGGUCAAACUGGGCCAACCGUUCAUCAUCAACCACAUCCGCCUCCUGCUGUGGGACAGAGACAGCCGGUCAUACUCCUACUACAUUGAGGUGUCCAUGGAUGAGCUGGACUGGGUGCGUGUUGUGGACCAUUCCAAGUAUCUCUGCCGCUCUUGGCAGAAUCUGUACUUCACACCACAAGUUUGCAGGUAUGUUCGCAUUGUGGGAACACACAACACAGUCAACAAGGUCUUCCACCUCGUGGCUUUUGAAUGCAUGUUCACCAACCGCCUGUUUACCCUGGAGAAUGGACUUGUGGUGCCUGGUGAGAAUGUGGCAACCAUCGCAUCCUGUGCCAGUGUCAUCGAGGGUGUGAGCCGUAGCAGAAAUGCCUUGCUCAACGGUGACACGCGGAACUACGACUGGGACUCUGGGUACACCUGCCAUCAGCUGGGUUCUGGAGCCAUCGUCAUCCAGCUGGCUCAGCCCUACUCUAUCGGAUCCUUAAGGCUGCUGCUCUGGGACUGUGACGAGCGCUCCUACAGUUACUACAUUGAAGUUUCCACCAACCAGCAGCAGUGGACGAAGGUGGUUGACCGCACCAAGGUGGCAUGUCGAUCGUGGCAGACCUUGAAGUUUGAUAAGCAGCCCGCCUCCUUCAUCCGUAUUGUUGGGACUCACAACACUGCUAAUGAGGUGUUCCACUGUGUUCACUUUGAGUGUCCGGCCCAACUUGACACAGAGGUCAAUGAAGGCAGUCCGGGCCUGUCCUCGUCUGACUCGGGGGCCACCUCCCAGCAGCCACGGCCCCACCGACCUUCGCGCACGCACAGCCUGCUGCCCUCCCAGCCAUCUUCCACCUCAUCAUCGUCCUCACAGUCCCAUCAUUAAGAGCACCGUUACCACCGUGUUGGAAGGUGCUGAGAGGAAGGGAGACCUCUGAAUGCCAUUUUGCACAGCCUUCAUCAUCCAGACUGCACUUCUACAACGCUGCUAAAGGCGAUCGUCUCAUUGUCAUAACCCACAGUCCUUCUGUCAUAAGUGCAACAUUAGAGACUGGUUUAUCUGUAGCAGCAGCAUUUAGGGCUCCAGUCUUCCCAGUUUUGAAGCUGAAAGUUAGAUAUUACAUCCACUGGCUCAUACAUUUUUGUGAAGGUACUUUUUUAGCUACUAAGAUUCAAGUUUUUUUAUCCCUUCAAAAUCAAGUGGAGUCUUCACUCCUCCAAAGAUGAGGCACACACUGAAAUGUGGUUAUACUGUACCGCCAAAGAGCAGUAAGACCAGGGUGGGGGUGGAGGGUUGCUAUCUGAAUUUUACAAGUUAAUAUUUCCAAAAGAAAUGGAUUUUAUCCUUAAACAAGCUAUUUUUUUAAGAAACUCUCUUAAAAGGACUCUACUCAUUUUUCAUACCAUCGAGCUAACAGAGUAGCAGUCAAGUAUUUUUCAAACUUUGGAAUUAAAUUCUUGAAAGGUUUGCCAAAGCUGUGGAGCUAAUGCGUUCUGUGGCAUUUGUAUGCAAAUUGCUCUUAAACCAAUUAUGCAUUUGCAUAUUAAGUAGUAGCUGUUGAGUAUUUGUUGACAGGCUUUCACACCCAAAACCAAAAUCUGUGGUCCUUAUCUGGUGUGACCUUUUGAUAGUUAAAAUUUAUACCUCAAGAAAAACCUCACUAAAACUAAGACUAGAUUUGAUUAAGUGUCUUAAUUUAGUAUUUAAGCACUUGAAUAGCUUAGCACAAAUGAUUGGGGAAAUCAAUUAGGUUGUUGAAAAUUGGAGCUGAGAGGCUCGGACCAAAUUGUGUAUGCACUACGGCUGCCUGGAACAAAGUUUAUAUACUGUAGACACACGAGCAGCUGUUUAUUGGCACUUUAUUUUACUCAAGUAUACAGAAGUAAAGGUUGCAGCUUGGAUCUUUUGACUGAAAUACAGGGGUGCUGGAUUUGGUAUCUUUCUGUUUGUAUGUUAAAUUAAUUUGGUUUGAGCUGUGUUUUUGUGUUUUUGGAGGUUUGUUUUUAAAUUAAGCUAACAGUGCUGUGGUUUCCCUUGUGUCCUGAUGUUGCACUUUUGAGUUGUCUCUGAAAAUAUCCUUUAUUUGAAACCUUUUGUGUGAUGUUAAAUAAUCUGACAUACCUAACUACCCUGGGUGAAACACUGACGUUUCUAUGAACCUCUUUACUCAUCCCAUUAUGUAUUUUAGAAGAUUACACAUUAGUUGGAUGAAGUCUUCUUUAAUAACUAACCAGAGAACUGAAAUAGGGCUUUGUUCAGGUUACACUGUAAUGUAGAGAACACACUCCCCAUCCCCCAUCUAACUUUAUAUAUGUGUAUAGUUUUACCUUAUAUAUAUAUAUUUGUUUGACCAUUGUUGUGUGAUUGCAUUUCACUGCCUCUUGUUCAGCAUAUUGCCUGUCAAAAUGUGAUUAUGGAAACAGCUGACAUUUAUUAAUGUCCAUAGCUGUGAGGGGUCACACCUGUCCGCUUGCCUGAAUCACUACAGUUAAACCUGGUGGAGGUCUAUGAUACAAGCAAUACAGUGAUCUCUGUCCUCUGUUUAGUCUUCUGUUACAGACCAGCAGUGGUGUUUGAUCAGUCAACAUGUUGUUGUUUAUCCUGCUUCACUCACUCAUGCCCUUCUAGCUCUUUGGGCUAUGUUGAUGUGUAAUUCUGCCCUAGGACCUGUUUUUUCUUUGUCAUCAAUCAUUUGAAAAAAAAAAAAAAAACUUCUUCUUUUGAAGCUCA